UGGACUUUGCAGACUAUGGCUGCUUUUGUGGUUAUGGUGGUCAAGGGUCACCAGAUGACCAGCUCAACCGCCUUGAACCAAGAGUCCUGCACAUCAUUUAUUGACAGUCCCUACACAAACACAUAUGACUGCCAGUGCGAUAAGAUUACCAGAACGAUCACGUGUCUGGUUGGCUUAUCAGUGAGCCCCUCCCAUCAUGGUUAUAAAGAUUCUAUAAAUAAUCGUCUUCAAACUCCUGUUCAUCUGGUCUUCACCAUGAACAUCUUUCUGUCUCUCGUGGUCCUGAGUGUGAGUCUGCCCACCUUGCUGGCUCAAGACCGUGCACUGCAGCAGUUCAGGUCCAUGAUCCUCUGUACCAUCCCUGAUAGCCGGCCAAUGGAUUACGCAGACUACGGAUGCUACUGUGGCAAGGGAGGCUCAGGCACCCCGGUGGAUGCACUGGACAGGUGCUGUCAGGUGCAUGAUCAGUGUUAUACAGAAGCAAUGCAGCUUGAUGACUGCUGGAGUAUCUUCGGCAACCCCUACACUAAUAAAUAUUCAUUCUCAUGUGACAAACCGGCAAAAAAUGUCACAUGCGAUGCUGACAAGAAUAACCCCUGUAAGAUGUUCAUCUGUGAAUGUGACAGAAAAGCAGCCGAAUGCUUUGCACAAGAGGAUUACAACCCAGAAUACCAUAACUAUCCCAUUAAAAAUUGCAAAGAAGUAAAUUUACCUUCUUUAAAAAGUCAAAAAUACUAUAUAAGAAAAUUACUUUUACAAGUUAAGUACAUUUACAUACCAUUAUUGACCCAGAAUUAUAAUAAAACCUUUUAGGAAUUAAUCGCUCAAAAAAAAAAAAAAAAAAAAUUGUGUAAUCCUGCAUGGAUACUAGUUGACUGUCACAUUAAUUUUUUGAAAUAAUAAUAUGUUACAUAAUGUAGCAUACACUGAAAAAUUAGUUUCUUGUCUUUCUAAUAAAAACAUCUAAACAUAAAUUCACUUGAGAAGCAAAACUUCCUUAGACAAUGUUUAUUAAUCUUGCCCCACUUGUAAAUUGUUGAAUUUGUUAAGCAAAAAUCUAACACAAUGCUAUGCUUAAAUUAAGAAAAUAAAAACUAUUUGCAGAAAACUUCAAUUCAACUUCAUUUUCAAGAUGUAUCUUCUCUUAAGUCAUAAGUAUAUACAAUCAAAUAAAAAUGAUUCUUGCAGUGUU